GCAUUCCCUGGAUGCGGCAGCAUUUGUCCAGGUUCCUGGAAAAACUCUGUAGUCUAAACAUAGCCUAAGAGGAUGGAGCGGUCCACAAUGACUUUGGUACUGUUUUCAACAAAGAAUGAGGUAAGUGACCGUUGGUUUUAGAUACUCUCACCCAUAUAAUGAGUGUAUUUUCCAUGUUAUGACCAGAAUUAAAUCUACACUGAACUUGAAAUAUAUAUUAUUGCACAAGAGAGAAGGAAAAUCUCACACAUUGUCAAGAUCACAUCUUCAAAAUCAAUAUAACACAGAAAAGGAAACAUGGAAAGGAAUAGGCCAUUCACAAUAAAGCAACUGUGAUCAGCAAGGCAAAAAGCAAUCUAAUUUAUCUUACUGAAGGUAAAUGCAGCAGACUAAUCUCCACAGGCAAGGUUCAUGUUUGUGUGGGUUACUUAUUCUCUUACUAUUUACUAAGUACACAAUCAGAAUCAGCAACUUUGAAGUCAUACGGACAUUUGAUAAACAGUCUAAUUUGAGGGGAUUGGGUAUAAAAUCCCAAAUCCCAUCCGUUUCUAGUUGCUGGUACUGAGACACAAACUACAAGCAGAAUGGCCUUCCGCUCUUUGCUCCUUAUCUUGUUAGCUGGGUUGGUGUUGUUCUCGGAAGCCGCACCACUGGAUUCCAAGCAUCCUCUUAUUGUGAAAAUUCUAGAUUCAGUCAGAGGAUGUCCAGCUUCCAGUGUGCCUAUUAAAUUAUAUAAAAAGGCUGAAGAUGGAACCUGGCAGCUCUUAAGCUCCGGAAAAACCAAUGAAAAUGGAGAGAUCCAUGAGCUCACAACUGAGGAACAAUUUGUAACAGGGUUAUACAAGAUUGAGUUUGACACAGUCACCUACUGGAAGGGACUUGGUCUUAACCCAUUCCAUGAAUGGGCUGAUGUGAUAUUCAAUGCUAAUGAUUCUGGUCAUCGUCAUUAUACUAUUGCUGUUCUCCUUAGUCCUUUUUCUUACUCAACUACAGCUGCAGUUAGUGAACCAAAGGAAUUAGGAACUGCACAUUAACCAUGAAAACUGUCCUACGCUGGUCAAUUUUGAUUUGUCAAUUGAUUUCCUGUAAUGAAUGAUUCUGCUCUUUGACUCCAACAGUCAGUAAUUAUUACUCACAUAAUAUUUUUCAUCUUGAAACAUGAGCACACAAGCGAACUGCUAUGCAAAAGAUUUUUAUUUUGAAAAUUGUGUUAACUCUGGUAAAAUAAAUAAACACUUCUUAAAAUGUUUUCAAA